GGAUAUCAAAAUAGGGUUAGUGCCUUGAUUUUUAACCUUAAAUUUGUAGAUCUAAACGAUGCAGUGACAUUUUGUUGGCACAUGCUUAUAUCGGCUAAAUACACGUUCUGAACACGCCCUAACCCUGCGGCCUUACAAAGAUACAGGAAAUACUAACAACUCACGUUGACACGAAGAGGGGAUUUUCCGACAAGGCUGGAAACCACCUGUGCCUCUCGCUAACAUACUUUUUGUUGGAAUAUAGGAUUCACGUAAUCAUGUAAGCAAGCAUCGCUUAUCUCUGCAUUGAUAUGACUCAUCAAUGAGUCCUCAUCCCAGUAUACAAGUCCCUUCCCCAGUUCCUAGUUUUCCUAGCUUCUUGAUCCUUGGACAGAACAUAAUCAGUGACUAUCUACACCAUACGCUUUAGUGUGCUGUCCUCUAAUCACUCGUAAUAUUAUAACUUGAGUUACUGAUAAUAACCAACACUUUUUGUCGCAAGAUGUCUUUUCCAAAUCCUAUUUUCCGCACUGAAAACCUCACCCUUCGUCCUGCCGUCCCUUCCGAUGCCGCCUCCCUCGCAGCCAUCUUUGCUAACCCCCUCAACACCCAACAUGAACCUCACAAGCCAAGUAGCCCAACGGUAGAAGAAUACCAAGGCCGAAUCGCCAAAUGGAACGACCUACGCGUAAGCGGGAAAGCCUACUUUCUAGUCAUAACCCGACCCCCAACAACAGAGACGGGAUCAGGUUCACUACCCGCCGGUGGCGUCAUCGGCUUUGGUGGCAUUAACGCAAUCUCUGCGGACGCUCAGGGUAAGCGAAUUGCGGACCUGGGUGUUCUGAUUGAUAGCUCCGAGUGGAGGAAGGGGUACGGGCGGGAGGCGUUGCAGGCCACGUUGGACUUUGCAUUCCGACAGGUGGAAGCGGAAGGCGUCGGGUGUGAUGAGGCGUUUUUUGAGACAUUGGCAAUGAAUACUCCGUUCCAAAGACUGGCUGACCGGAUGGGGAUGACAAAGUGGAAGCGGGUGAAGAGUGAUGGAAAGGAGGUUGAAUAUAGGUUCAGUAAAGAGGAUUGGGAGGGAAUCAAGAAGCAAAGUUCGUGAAUCGAGGCACUGAGACUGAGAUUUCGAUGAAAGUUGAACCAAAGUUACCCAUGAUUAAUCUCACAUAUGAGUGCGUAGCUUUAAAAUAUCAAGCAGAUAAGUUUGGAUACCUUGUGUCGUCCUUGACAAAAAUUGAACAUCGUACAGAAUAA